AUCAACCAGUCCCUUGUACAUGUCUUCGUUCAUUGUACGGCCCACCAACUCUGACAAGGACGCCUUCAGGGUCAGGCUGACGGCCGUGUCCCUGCUUGGCCUGCGACUCAAGCCGGGAGAUACCUGUCAAAUCCAUGGGCCGACAGACAAUCCUGAUGGCAAGAAGAAACUCGCCAUCGUGUGGGAAGCAUCAGGGCAAGGAUUAAAGGACACUGUGGUUCAGACCUCGAAAUUGUUGCAGGAAACCUAUGGACUGCGAUUAGGUGACAAAAUCACCAUCAGCCCUAGUUCCCAGAAGAUUGAAGAUUCCAGUUCGGUGACUUUACUGUGCGAUGACCUGUCCUUGGAUGCGAGAAAGGUUGAAUUCUGGCAACAAUAUGCGACGUCGGCCUACUCGGCUAUCGAUGAGUGUAUUGCGCUUUCACAGAAGUUGUCGUUCAGGGUAGGAGACGACCGUGUCGAUCUUCGAGUCAAGGAUGUCGGUAUCCAGGAUUCUUACAUUGCGCGAGUGACCAGAUCGACUAGCUUCCGCAUCACAAACUCAGAAGAAAGUCCAACGCAAACUGAGGUCAAUUUCUUCCCGGUGAGACUAGCAGGACUCGAAAAGCAGAUUUCUCAGCUACAAAGUAUCAUCCGCCGCCUGACUCGAGCGGAUCUCAGGUCUUAUUCCAAGUCAUAUUCACCCAAGCAAGGAGUCUUGAUUUAUGGCGCAAAGGGCACAGGCAAAUCUACUUUCAUACAAUCGCUGGCCGAAUCAGGGUGGCCUUCAGUGGUCAAAUGGACACCGCAAACACAGUUGUCAUCAACCAAGUCGCCUCGACUUGUGAUCGUAAAUUCCAAUCAUCUAUCUCGACGCGCUGUCGAUGGUUCUCCUUCACAUUCAAAUCAGAUCAUGGCGAUCCAUUCUCUGUUCGAGCAAAUCAAAGGUACACCAACCUUGGUCGUCGCUGAAAUCUCACAUCCCAAUGACAUUGACGAGAGUUUGCGCUCGGUCGGGAAAUUCAAGGUCGAGGUUGAACUACCGAUCCCCUCGUCUCUGCAGCGACAGCAAAUCCUCUGGGCCAUCCGGGGUGAUGACUUGAUUCCAAAAGACGAUUUACUACAAACAAUGGCUGAAAGAACGCAUGGCUUCGUCGGCGCUGACCUCUACGACCUAUUCUGCACCACACUUGACAUAGCCAUCGAUCGUCGUGACGCAGUUGAACCCGUUGCAACACCCAAUGGCGAUGUUGCACAGGAUUUAUCUGAGAAUUACAUCCCUCUGGAAGUGUCAGCCCGCGACUUUGAACUCGCCCUCUCCCAAACCCGGCCUUCGGCCCUCCAAGAGAUCUUCCUUGAAACCCCCAAUGUCCACUGGACGGAUAUUGGCGGACAACACGAAAUCAAACGAUCACUACAAAACGCCAUUGAACGACCACUCAAACACGCAGAUCGCAUGGCUGAGUUUGGCCUAGAACCCAAGAAAGGUGUUUUGCUUUAUGGCCCACCAGGCUGCUCCAAAACCCUCCUCGUCAAGGCACUAGCCACCGAGGCCAAACUCAAUUUUCUCGCUGUCAAAGGCGCCGAGCUGAUCAGUAUGUAUGUGGGCGAGAGUGAGCGAGCCACAAGAGAAAUAUUCCGCAAAGCACGAGCCGCGAGUCCGAGUAUCAUCUUUUUCGACGAGAUCGAUUCAAUUGCAAGUCGAGGGAGGAGUGGUGGUGAUCUAAAUGUUCUGACCACCUUGUUGAACGAAAUGGAUGGGUUCGAGGAGUUGAAGGGUGUGAUGGUCGUGGCGGCGACAAAUAAACCUAUGGCGAUUGAUCCAGCUUUGAUGAGACCUGGUCGGUUUGACAAUGUGGUGUAUAUUGGUCCGCCGGAUUUUGAAGCUAGGAAAGAGAUUUUGGAGAAGCGAUUGGGCAGGAUAUCAUAUCGACCGGCAGCCACUAUUGAGGCGGAUGCUACUCGGUUCGCCGAAUUGACUGAAGGAUUCUCCGGUGCUGAAGUGGUGGGGAUCAUGCAAACGGCCGGAGAAUUGGCGUUUGACACGGAUCACAAUUAUGUUGGCAUGGCUGAUGUCGAAGAGGCGAUUAGGAGGACACCUAAAAGCAUUACAAGAGAUAUCCUGGAUGAGCUCGAGUCGUGGAAUGCUGCUAGGAGGGGACCAUAAACAGGUAUUGAACAACAGUCAAGACACUCGACCAACCUAGCUUGUCUGGUCUCUUAUGAAUGCACAGCAUGGCUUGAAAGAUACCCUACUUACUGGCGUUGGGCGGACUCGUCGAUCAGUAUGUAGAAGCAACAUUGACAUCUCA